GAUCGUAAUGUGUUUGAUUAGAACACGCUUCUACACUAGCUCUUACUCCAGUGCAUCCAGUAGUAGGUAAUAGCUAAAGAAAUUAAAUAAAGGUCUGGAAUCUGAAAAGGAACAUUUGUUCACCGUCACGUGGACACGAGCCCCCACCCCCCUCACUUAGAUGGUCUCGUCCGAGUCGCUCCAGUGUCAAACGCACAUGUUCGAAGUGUUGUCCUGAGUAUCAGAUUUUUUGGAAAACUGAGUUGUCAUCUGGUUGGCUUCGGUUUUUUGGACCUUACGGGCCACCGCACCGCAGCACAAAUCUGAUCGUGAAACCUUUACUUUUCUAGCUUUAGCUGGAAACCAUCAGCGGGCCGGAGGGACUGCAGCCUGCUGCGGAGGACGUCAACCGGACUGAAGGUGUGGAGGCUUGUCGAGCGCCACCAUGAGCUCCAAGGUGUGCAAGAACUGCGGUGGCUCGGAGAUCGAUGUGGACCAGGCGCGGGGUGACGCUGUCUGCAUGGGCUGCGGCUCCGUGCUGGAAGACAACAUCAUCGUGUCUGAGCUGGAGUUCGUGGAGACGGGGGGUGGGGGUUCACUGGCUGUGGGCCAGUUUGUGUCUUCAGAAGGAAGUCAGAAAAAUCCGUCGUUUGGAGACGGGUUCCUAACAGGCAUGGGGUCCGGGUCUCGAGCUCAGACGUUGCAGAGAGCUAAACAGCAAAUCAGCGCUCUGGGCCACCAGCUGCAGAUGAGCCAGCACUGUUUGGACACGGCCUUUAACUUCUACAAGAUGGCGCUCAAUAAAAGCCUGACCCGUGGACGUAAGUCGUCCCAUGUCAUCGCCGCCUGCCUCUACCUGGUCUGUCGAACCGAGGGAACGCCGCACAUGCUGCUGGAUCUCAGUGACGUUCUGCAGGUGAACGUUUACGUGUUGGGACGGACCUUCCUGCUCCUGGCCAGAGAGCUGUGCAUCAACGCCCCAGCUAUAGACCCGUGCCUUUAUAUUCCCCGCUUUGCCCAAAUGCUGGAGUUUGGUGAGAAGAACCAUGACGUCUCCAUGACGGCACUGCGGUUGGUCCAGAGGAUGAAGAGAGACUGGAUUCACACAGGAAGAAGGCCGUCGGGACUCUGUGGAGCAGCUCUCCUCGUGGCGGCUCGUUUACACGACUUCUGUCGCACCGUUAAAGAAAUCAUCAACGUGGUUAAAGUCUGUGAGACGACACUGAGAAAAAGACUGAUAGAGUUUGAAGACACACCAACCAGCCAUCUGACUAUUGAGGAGUUCAUGAGAGUGGACCUGGAACAGGAAUGCAACCCGCCAUGCUUUACUAACGGAUUAAAGAAGAUAAAAGCCCAACAGUUGGAGCUACAGCUGACGAAACAGAUCGAUGAUGUUGAAGAUGAACUUCUGGGCUACCAGGAUGAGAUAGAUGCGGAGCUGGAGAGCUGCAGACCCAAGUUGAGAGGGGUGUAUGCUGCCUAUGCUAAGGAGGACUGUACUUCCUCACCAUCUCGGACGGUCACCGUAGAAUCUGGAGAGUCGGGGGAGGACAUCGAGGAUGCUGAACUCCAGGCUGUUGCCAGACAUUUUGGCAAAGAGCUGGAUGAGAUCUCACUGGAGGCUCUGAUAAAACUGGAAAAGAAGACACCUGAGGACCUAGAGGAGGAUUUUCCCAGGAAUAAAGGUCCCUCUUUGGCCUCCAUACUGGGAAAGAUGCCCUCGUCUGCCACUCUGGGCCUGUCGGCGUCUCUUGGCUCCUGUGUUGAUGCAGAGAACAUGGACGAUGGUUCUGCUGACAGCGGGGAGCUGGACCUGAGUGGGAUAGAUGACGGUGAGAUUGAUCUGUAUUUGUUAAGUGAAAAGGAAAUCCGCGUGAAGACGGCCCUCUGGAUGGCUGAAAACUCCGACUACCUCAAAGAGCAGAAAGAAAAGGAAGCAAGGAUAGCAAAGGAGAAGGCGCUAGGUGUCUACAAAGAGAAGAAGCCCAGAAGCGCCACGAGGAGGCGUCCUCCAAUCAGAGCCAGCACCGCUGAUGAGGCCAUCGGGAAGAUGUUGGAGCAGAAGAAGAUCUCCUCAAAGAUCAACUAUGACGUGUUGAAGGACCUGAGCACAAAACCGGGCAGCAGCCCAGCUCACUCCGUCACUUCCCCAAAGAGGCAACCGUCUGUUACCGGGGCAACACGACACAGCCGCAACCAGGCUCGAGGUUCGCUGAGCCUCAGCAUGCCGCUCAGCACUCUGGGAAAAAGGUUGCAGCCGUUCAUCACCAGACAACCCAACAAGAAGAUGGCCGUGGAGCAGGACGGCGUCUCCAGCCCCCAACCAGAGCCCGCUGCAGCGCACCCCAGUGGAGUGGUGGUGGAGAGCGGACCUGUCGCCUACGAUGACGCAGCUGCUGAUGAAGAGGAAGAGGAGGAGGAGGAUCCUUGUGUCAGUGCUAUGGAGCUGCUGGGGGGCAACGAUUAUGGCUGUGACGGAGAUUAUGAAGAUGGAUUCUAGCAGGCCCCUCCGGCAUUAUUCCUCCAUACCACUACGGAGGGAAUGUUAAUUCCAGGAACUAAGUAUAAACGUGUUUGCUGCUACUGGUGAGAGGUGGGAUUGGAUCAGAUUAGAUUCUCCUCCUCGUCCCGUUUGAUUCUGCUGCUAACAGCCAUGCUAGUAUGAGUUUGGAGGAGAUUAUUCUGUUCAGGGAGUCGAUAUUAACUCAUACAGAACAAAAACCAAACAGACUAAAGCCCGGAUCUACGUGAGCUGGGUCCGUUCUGACCCGACCUUGUGCGCUCAGCUUGGUAUUUGUUUGUCUGCUAGAUCAGGUGUUUGUUUAAUUAACAGAUUAUCUGACUUGUACCUCAGCCAGAAUCUUUACCAGUAUUUGAGUCAUUCACUUUUUUAGGCUUCAUCAUUUUGUGGCUGUACAGACAGAACAUUAUUUACUGGAGUGUUUUGUGUUGUUUUGACUCGCCGGUUCAUUUCACAGCAGACCAUCUAACCUGUUAGAGUGAGGAGAGCACACGUGUGUUAAUCUGGGCUGCAUCCCAUUUAAAAGUGCUGCUGGUUAGCUAACCUGUGGGAGUGGAAUGCAGCCCUCACUGUUGCACCUGUGAAUCAGGUUGAAUCUAUGUGUGCCUUUAAAAGUAAAGAUUUCACCAACUAUGCAAAAACGUUUGUCUUCUUGUAACAAACAGAAAAGGUGUUCAUGGUAAAUAUAUUAAAUUAACAUCCUGCAGCUUCCUGUAGGAAACAUGCAACAUAUUUAAUAGAAUAAAAUGCACUUAUGUCUCUAUAAACCGGUCUCCUUGACUGUCCCUGUUAUUAAACUGUGAUAAUAAUUAUUCAUAGAGUGCAGACAACAAGAAUCCUCCUGAAUUAUCCUGGUCAAGAUGGCAGAACCAAAUCCAGGAUAACUGGUUAUUCGAGGACAUCAAGCUUCUAUCAUUUCAGAUUCUGGCCAUAACUGAACUAAAGGAACGCCGCACGUCCUGAUCACAGUGAUGUCCUCCUUCAUGACAGGUUAAGUACAGCUUAUGUCAGGUUUGAAUCUUAGAACAACACAGCAGGGAUAAAGAUCAGACCCCUGAAGGUCUAUACGGGGUUGUGUAUUCAAACGCUUGACCACAGAGUAGUCGGUGUUUCUACUGACAUCUCCAUUACUGCUUUGUGGCCGACAGUUGCACCAACACAGUUUUACUCCAAACACACCCACAUCACCCUGCUUCUCCUCCAGCUUCACUGGCUGCCAGUUAACUUCAGGGUUCAUUUCAAGAUCCUGGUUCUGGUCUAUAGGGCCUUACAUGGACAAGCACCAUCUUACAUUGGUGAUCUUCUUAGUCCCUACACCCCCAGCAGGUCCCUGAGGUCCAGUGAUCAAAGCCUACUGGUUGUGCAGCACCAGGCUAAAGGUCAAAGGUGACAGAUCAUCUGCUGCUGUGGCCCCCAGACUCUGGACCUCUCUCCCCCGAGCCUGAGAUCAGUGGACUCCUUUAAACUCACCUGUUCAGGCUUUGGUGUGACCUUCAUCACUCUCUCUUUAUUCUGCUCUCCCCACCUAUUCCACCUUCCUCAGGAUCCACUGAUUUCCCUCUUUCCUAUUCACUCUCUCUCUUUCUUUACAUUUUUAAUCACAAUUGUCUAUUUUUUGCUCAUUUUAAAUGUAUUUUAAUCAUUUUCUUAAUUCUUUUUUUAUAUUUUAACAUUUUUUCGUCUUUGUGAAGCGCCUUGAGAUUUUUAUCUUGAGAGGCGCUAUAGAAAAGAUCUUUUCUUCUUCUUUAAUGCUGCCUGUAUCAUCCUUGUGUCUAAAACAGCUGGAACCUGCUUCAAUCCAUGAAUUCCAUUCAGUCGUUCUUCUUACCUUCUCUGGACUCAAACAGCUUGCUUACUGUUUCUAUUGGCCAACAGCUGAUGACUCACACAUCCCCUGCAUGCAGUCUUAUCCCACCUGGAGAAUAUGAUUAGCUGUGCCUGAAAAAUGCUCAUCCAACACAACUAUCCCAUAAUUUCUCAAGAGAAGCUCUCUCUGUAAGACCAAGAUUCUCUCUUUGUACAGGAAUCAAAAGUUACACCACAAUUCAUCAUCUUAUCCAGGGUCCGAAUUACGGUGGAGCCAGGGGGAGCCUGGCUUUGGUGGGACCUUCAUCACCCCCCCCCCCAAUGGAACUCUCACAGGGCUCUCCCGGAAGCUUGCGAGUAAUCAUAGGAACAUAGGAGUUCCUCAAGGAUGUGUCAUUAGUCCCUAGUUAUUUCUUCGGCCGGCAAAUGAAGUCAGCCCGGCCUGAACCAGAGUGGUGUGCUGUUGUUGGACUUCUGUUCAAGUCGCAGUUUAGCCAUAACAGACACCAUGUCCAUUGGUAUACCUAGUCCUAGUGCAUUCUAGGUCGCAGGUCAAGGAUUAACAUGUUAGUCAUGCCCUCUGAUGUUUCAGACACGGGUGAAGAGAAUAGCGGUCGCUGAUCACCUGGUGGUAAACUAUUUCAGAUGUCAGCAGAGGACACCAUGUAGACCUGAUGGAUUCAGACGUAUAGUGAACAUCUGCUGGGAUUGCCUGGCGGAAGAAUUUGACUAAACUUGGAUAAUAAAAAAAAUAAAAUAAAAAAACAGCCAGCCAGAUUUAAUCAUGCACCUAAAAUACCUGUAGUUUAGUCCAUUCGUCCGCUUCUCUGGGAUCGGAUCGUGGGCUCAGCAGCCUAGGCAGAGAGGCCCAGUCUGCCCUCUCCCCAGCCACUUGGGCCAGUUGAAUGAAUGACGAGGAGAUCCUCACUGGAGAGGAAGGGGAACCUGAACCCAAGUUGAUACGUUCACUAGAAGAUGCAUGUUGAGUUUUUACAUGUGACCUUUUUUCUUAAUUCAACUUUUUGGUGUUUUUAUUUUAUUAACUUAUAUGCUACAGUAGUUUCAAAUGGUUUUGAAAGUGCUACUCAAGAAAAAUAGGAACCCAGGAGGGAAGCUGCACAAGUCCUGGUCCUUUGAGUUCAUAUGAGCCAGGCCAGGUCCACAAGGAGGGGAUCUGGGUUGACCACCAACAGUUUCUCAACCCCUACAAUUCUCCAACGUCUUUACAUGAAGAUAAAAGUCUGUCGACAUCACAGUCAUUGUACGCUGGUAACUAAUUUUAUUAGAUCAAUAUCAAACCUAAUAAUUAAUUUAAAAUUAAGUAAAUGUUUUGAAGGUGUUUUGAUGAAGCAGGGUGAUGUUGGAGCUCAUUGACUGAUUUGCACAUGGAUACUUAUUAAGCAUGUUGAAUAUUAUUAAGCCUACAUAUAGUUGCAGUCAGGGUUACACCAGCUGAUUAUCACUUUAAUUUGGAGCUUUUAAUAAUUGAUUUGAAUCGGUCUUAAUACAGACAGGAAUGAUUGUACAACACAGUUCUUCAUCGGUCCUCAAGUUCUAAUGGAUGUCCUCUCCAGCACAAAGGGUCAGAACAAACAGAGGCAUGAAAACAUCCAUUGACUUAAAUCUUUUAAGGUUUAUUAACUUCCUGUUUGUACCUGACUACAGUUUCUCAUUGCUGCAUCAACAUCAUUGGGUUAGCAGCUUUUAUUGGUUUGUAUCCGAACAGGAAAUAAAGAUGUUUUAUUUAUAACUGGUGCUUUAUUGAUCCUCUUGGGGAAAUCCUCUCUGUCUUUGACGAGUCUCCGAUGAGCAGUGGGAAACAGGUGACCUGCUGGGACCUGGGACUACCCUCUGUUCAGCUAUAGUCGGAUCGAGUGAUUCGGGGGAAAACUUGAAGAACUUGAUGUGAAAUCUCAGUUUUUGGUCACUCCUUUGACCUUUCCUUGACUCUGACCUGCUUUUAAAAGCUAAAGAUUGAAUUCCAACAUGCCUGGUUUACCUAAAACCUUUAAACUUUUAGGCCCCCGUGCCUGGUGCAGGUCACAGAGGUCAUUCUUUAAAGACUUCUGUACUAAAAUAAAAAUGUUCUAUGCCAACUUCAUCCAAAGUGUGUCUAAAGGAGUUUUAUGUCCAUCAUUAUUUGGUGUGAAUACAGAAGUACUCUCCCACAUCUGAACCCAACAUGACACUGCAGUGCCUCGGGUCUUUGGAACAGGCACUUACUUACAAAGAAACGAUGAAGUUACAGCCCUUGAGUUGGUCACUGCUGUCUCCUUUUAGGUUCUCCUUCCUGCCAGCAUAGCCUGAAACAUCAUUUCAUGCUUUUUGAUGCUGUGUAAUUCUGCUGUCAGGUCUGCUUUCCAAGGCCACUCAGGUUUCGUCCCACCUCUUGUACCUGCAUGUUCUCUUCCCAGAGGACCACCUCUGCCUACGCAGCUUGUCCAUUUUCACCAGCCCCUCUCCCCCACCUUCAACCUGAGCAGAAACAUACGUUUCCUCUGACGUUGUUCUUUUAAUCCCUCAGUAAAGAGGGGGGCAGGAGGAAUGAGAAUGCUUGCAUUCUGUUUGCAAUAAUAAACAAGGUUGCUAACUUUUACAUGGUGAUCAUUUUGCUUCCAUACUGUGUGUGUGUGUGUGUGU